AUGGCCAUCUACAAGAGAAAGAUCACUGUCGAUGACCGUGCCAUUACAUCCGGUGUCAAUUUGACCUUGAGACAGUCCCUGCUUCCCAAUGCAUUGGUCACUAUCCUUUUCUUCCUCUGGGGAUUUGGCUACGGCUUGCUUGAUACUUUGAAUUCGCACUUCCAGACCACCCUCAACAUUACCGCCAGCAAGUCCAGUGGCCUGCAGGCUUCAUAUUUCGCAGCAUACUUCAUUUGCCCGUUGACUAUUUCGGGAUGGAUCGUUCGCCGAUAUGGAUUCCGAGUAACUUUCAUGACCGGUCUUGCCGUUCUUGCCGUUGGAUGUCUCCUCUUUUGGCCGAGUGGAGUGAAGAGGUCAUUUGGAGGAUUCUGUGGUAGCAUGUUUGUUGUGGGUGCCGGUUUAUCUACACUAGAGACUGCAGCAGAUCCAUUUCUUGCGAUCUGCGGACCCCCGAAGUACAGCGAGGUUCGACUGAACCUGGGACAAGCAGUUCAGGGUGUUGGGACUUUCGUCGCUCCACUUUUGGCCUCUCGAGUCUUCUUCGCUAACACCGUGGACACAAAUGCUGGGUUGAAGAACGUUCAAUGGACCUACCUCGGGGUGGCCUGCUUCGUCGUUUUGCUAAUCAUCCUCUUCUGGCUUGCGCCUUUCCCCGAGAUUACCGAUGCUGAUCAGGAGGCACUCGAAGGACAGAUUGAUCAGAACGAGAAUGUGGGCCCAUUCAAGAAGCAAACCAAUCUCUUCCUUGGUAUCUGGAGUCAGUUCUGCUACGUUGGAGCGCAGGUCGCCGUGGCUGGAUACUUUAUCAACUUUUGCGAAGAGUCUGGUCGUGACUCUGCCACCAGUUCCGACUUGUUGGCUGUGGGGCAGGGUCUCUAUGCCGCUAUGCGCUUCAUUGCCAGUGGCCUUAUGAUGAUGAAAGCGUUUAAGCCUCGAUACAUGUUGAGUUUAUACCUGGUUCUUUGUGUUGUUUUCUCGAUAGUCGCCAUGACGACCCAUGGCACGACCUCCGUGGCCAUGAUUAUUCUCGUCCUGAGUUUCGAGUCUCUUUGCUUUGCCACCAUCUUCAGUCUUGCGCUUCGUGGCUUGGGUCGCCACACCAAACUCGGCGGUUCCAUGCUUGUGGCCGCGAUCUCCGGUGGCAUGGUCUUUCCCCCGAUGAUGGGCGCCAUCGUGACCAGAGUAAAUGCCCAUACCGCCAUGGUAAUCCCUAUGAUAGGCUACAUUCUCGCGUUGGUCUUCCCGAUCUACGUGAAUAUAUACAAGAAGGAUACCAUGGAUCUGCAUCGCAACACGGAGAUCAACGUCACUGCCCAGAUGGACAAAGAGCUUGCGCUGGAGGAAGGUGUUCCAGGCAAGCCCACUGUCGCAAAUGUGUAG